AUGAAUCCUUCAAAUGAUCCUAGAUCAACUAUCAAUAUUCUCUGGCACUCUCCAAUGCCUUACCUAUUUGGCUGCUUAGGCCUAAUGCUAUUAGCCAUUGCCGUGGCAUUGAUAACUUUAGCUUGUUCUUACUACAGAAAACACUCAGGAAAUUCUUCUAGUGAUCAAGAAGAAAAGUCAGCUGCGAUACCUAUAAGCAUGCUGGUUCUUGAUGCAGAGCCAAAGAUUGUUGUCAUCAUGCCUGGAGAGGACAAGCCAACAUAUCUAGCAACACCAAUCGAUUCUUCAAACCUUGAUUUGUGA